AUGCAGUGCAGGUUCCAGACAGAUGAGGUGUAUUUGAGACUUGGUCUAGCAAAUGUUUCAUAUACUCUGGUUACCAGAGAAGAAACUAUGCAAGUAAAUGCUGAUCCUGGAGCAAGCCAGAUUUCAGAGGAAUCUGCUAAAGUAGAUUUAGCUUUUAUAUGUGACAUCAGGAUUUCAAGAGAUAUAUCAAAUCAUGAAAAACAGCAUGUAGAGGCAAGAAAACGCAUAGUGCAAAAAUGUCUUCAGAAGUUUCACAUUGAAUGUCCCAAGGACAAUUUCCCCACUGUUGCUGUACUGGGUUCAGGUGGGGGACUGAGGGCUUUAAUUGCACUGCAGGGAACCCUGAGAGAGCUGCAGGAACAUAAUAUGCUGGAUACAGUGAUGUAUCUUUGUGGAGUAUCAGGUUCAACAUGGUGUAUGUCAUACAUUUAUGAAAAUGAAGAAUGGGGAAAACAACUAAAGAGUUUGGAAGAUAAGUUGUGUGAAAGACUGGUAGAUCCACACCAGGACUGGAAGAAAAUAUUAAAAAUAUUAAAAAACCUGAUUGAGCCAAGUAAAGAUGACACAUACUCCUUGACUGAUUUCUGGGGUUAUUUUGUAGCUUACAUAAUACUGAAUGAACUGGAUGAUGAUCAUCAUCUGUCUGAUGAACAGACAAUUUGUAAGAAUGGGAUAGUUCCUUACCCAAUCUAUGCAGCAGUGGAUGCAACCAAAUUAGAUGAUGCAAAUCGAUUCCACUCAGAUAUCUGGUUUGAAUUUACACCACAUGAGAGUGGAUUCUUUAACCCUGGAGCAUUUGUCGAUGUGACUUAUUUGGGAAGCAAGUUCAACAAUGGCAAACUGAAGGAAAAGAAGAAUGAAAAGAAAAUGACUUAUCUGAGAGAAUACAGAUGCUCCUGUGACUGCUGUAAAGUUGCUUUAGCGAUAAUAAAGUUCUUCCUAUAUACUAUGGAAAGCCAAACAUGUAUGAUGGAAAAUAAAACACAUGCAGAUGUUAAGAAGCAUAUCAUAAACAUUACAGAAAUCCUAGAAAACAAAGGCCCCAGUGAUACCUACAACUUUUGUUGUACCCUGAAGGAAAUUGAUUAUUCUUUAGACCUCACUGAAAAUGGAAAACACAUUUUGAAACUGGUGGAGACCUUACAGUUAGAAUUUACAGAUAUAUGGGACAUCGUUACAUUUAUGCACAAAUCUCUUGCUUGCAUCCUUACAUGGAAAUGGGGAAACAUUUCUAACUAUACUUACAAAUACAUUGACCUGAAAGACAAAAACCUGACUGAUAAAACAAAUAUUCAGUUGGCAGAUGCUGGCUUAGUCAUAAAUUCUGCUUACCCGCUUAUCUUGCGUCCAGAAAGAAAAGUGGAAUUCAUUCUGUCUUUUGAUUUUAGUGAAGGAGAUCCUUUUGAAACUAUCAAGGAAGCAAGUCAAUACUGUAAGGAAAACAAGCUUCCCUUUCCUGAAAUUGAUGCCCGUAAUUUAGACAAGGAUAAAGACAACCCUGAAGACUGUUACAUCUUCAGAAGCAAUGGUUGUCCAACUGUCAUGCACUUUCCACUUUUCAACAAAGUGAACUGUGAAGGUCACGUAUCGGACUGGCGUAAUAGGUAUACAACCUUCAACAAGACAUCUUACCCAAAGCAAGACAUCCAAAAUCUUCUUGAAGCAGCAAAAAUAAAUGUGCGAAAUAAUGCUGAAAAAAUCCGGCAAACAUUGAAAUCUGUAGCAAAUCCUUAA